AUGGCUGGCGGUAAAGGAAAGGCCGGUAAGGACUCUGGAAAAUCCAAAUCGAAAGUGAUAUCACGCAGUGCUCGAGCUGGACUGCAAUUCCCUGUAGGACGUAUUCAUCGUUUCCUCAAGCAAAGAACCACAUCCACAGGUCGUGUUGGAGCAACCGCUGCAGUUUACAGUGCCGCUAUACUCGAGUAUCUCACCGCUGAAGUACUAGAAUUAGCCGGUAAUGCUUCAAAGGAUCUCAAAGUGAAGAGGAUCACCCCUAGGCAUCUUCAUCUUGCUAUUCGAGGAGAUGAAGAGCUGGACACGCUUAUCAAGGCAACUAUCGCUGGAGGAGGUGUUAUCCCUCACAUUCACCGUUACUUGAUGAACAAGAAAGGUCAACCGCAACCAGGCCAGAAAGUCGCACCUCCACCUUAG